AUGAGCGCAGCAGAGGAGCAGAGUGGUUCUGCUCAGGACAACAACAUGGCCGCCGCUGCAGGCCGACACUACGGGGACGGAGGCAGAGCGACCAAACGACAGAAAACAGACGAAGGAGGAAUGACAACGGAGGGCUACGAUGACCCCCACAAACCUCUGCCCUCCGCUGUGGUCCACAUCAGGGGGCUCGCAGACGGGGUCAUGGAGGCGGACCUUGUUGAAACCCUCCAGGAGUACGGCGCCAUUAGUUUUGCUGUUAUGAUGCCCAAGAAGCGCCAGGCUUUGGUCGAAUUUGAGGACAUGAAUGGCUCCUGUAACGCAGUCACGUAUGCCGCAGAGAACCAGGUGUAUAUAGCAGGUCAUCCCGCUUUUAUCAACUAUUCCACCAGCCAGAAAAUAUCUCGUCCAGGGGACUCUGAUGAUACUCGCAGUGUGAACAAUGUGUUGCUGCUCACCAUCAUAAACCCCAUUUAUCCAAUCACCACGGAUGUGCUAUACACCAUAUGUAACAACUGCGGCCCUGUCCAAAGGAUUGUCAUCUUCAGGAAGAAUGAUAUCUAUUCUGGAUGUUGCACUCUGAAGAUUGAAUAUGCGAAGCCAACACGCCUCAAUGUCUUCAAGAAUGACCAGGACACUUGGGAUUACACCAACCCCAAUCUGAGUGGCCAAGGUUCAGUGUUUCUAAGACUGCCCCUUACCUGCCCACUGUGUCCCGUACUGCAUUUGUGGUGCUAUGCUGAUGGUGAUGGCAAUUGGAACAAUUCACAAGAUCCCAAUGCUAACCCUAACAAGCGCCAGAGGCAGCCAGCUCUUCUUGGAGACCAUCCACCAGAUUAUGGAGGUCCUCAAGGUGGUUAUCAUGGCUACGGUGAUGACAACUAUGGCCCCCCUCCUCCUCACCGCAUGGGGGCAGGCAUAGGGGGCCGGGGCCGUGGAAGUCCACGCUAUGGUCCCAGUUAUGGACCCCCACCCCCAGAGUACGGACUCCAUGCUGAAUCUCCAGUUCUCAUGGUUUACGGCCUCGAACCAGCUAAAAUCAAUGCGGACAAAGUUUUCAACAUAUUUUGUCUAUAUGGCAAUGUAGAAAGGGUUAAGUUCAUGAAGAGUAAACCUGGAGCAGCAAUGGUUGAGAUGGGUGACUGCUAUGCUGUGGACAGAGCCAUCACUCAUCUGAACAACACAUUUCUUUUUGGACAGAAGCUCAAUGUUUGCGUCUCAAAGCAACAAGCAAUUGUGCCCGGCCAAUGCUAUCAGUUGGAAGACAACACCAGCAGCUUCAAAGAUUUCCAUGGCUCACGCAAUAAUCGCUUUACGUCUCCAGAGCAGGCGGCUAAAAACCGCAUUCAGCAUCCCAGCAAUGUGCUGCACUUUUUUAAUGCAGCACCAGAUAUUACUGAGGAGUUCUUCACCCAGGUCUGUGAGGAGCUUGGAGUGAAAAAUCCCUCGAGCGUGAAAGUUUUUACUGGUAAAAGUGAAAGGAGUUCAUCUGGUUUGCUUGAGUGGGAAUCAAUCAAUGAUGCCAUGGAAGCGCUUGCUUUGCUGAAUCAUUAUUUUAUGAAAAAUUCAAGUGGACCUUACCCCUUUACACUGAAGCUCUGCUUCUCAACCACACAUCACGCCAACUAA